UAAGCGGCGGCCGGCGGGCGGGGGCAAUCAGUUCCCGAGGGUGCGCCGUGGGGUUCGGACGUCAACUGUCAGCGCUACACAGAGAGACCAUGCCUCGUGACGAGUGCUGCCAAGGCGGCAAGGGCUGCUGUGCUGGUGCCUGCAACUGCUGCUCCCAGGGCAAGUGCUGCGACUCCAACGACUGCUGCAAGGGCGGAAAGUGCACGUGUAAAGACUGCAAGUGCACUCCUGACAACAACUGCGGAUGCUGCUGCAACGGCAAAUGCUGCGACGCCGGCGACUGUUGCAAGGGCGGAAAGUGCACGUGCAAAGACUGCGAGUGCACUCCUGCCACCAACUGCGGAUGCUGCUGCAACGGCAAAUGCUGCGACUCCGGCGACUGCUGCAAGGGCGGAAAGUGCACGUGCAAAGACUGUAAGUGCACUCCUGACAAAAACUGCGGAUGCUGCUGCAACGGCAAAUGCUGCGACGCCGGCGGCUGCUGCAAGGGCGGAAAGUGCACGUGCAAGGACUGCAAGUGCACUCCUGACAACAACUGCGGAUGCUGCGACUCCGGCGACUGCUGCAAGGGCGGAAAGUGCACGUGCAAGGACUGCAAGUGCACUCCUGCCAACAACUGCGGAUGCUGCUGCAACGGCAAAUGCUGCGACGCCGGCGACUGCUGCAAGGGCGGAAAGUGCACGUGCAAAGACUGCAAGUGCACUCCUGACAACAACUGCGGAUGCUGCUGCAACGGCAAAUGCUGCGACUCCGGCGACUGCUGCAAGGGCGGAAAGUGCACGUGCAAGGACUGCAAGUGCACUCCUGCCAACAACUGCGGAUGCUGCUGCAAUGGCAAAUGCUGCAAUGCCGGCGACUGCUGCGAGGGCGGAAAGUGCACGUGCAAAGACUGCAAGUGCACUCCUGCCAACAACUGCGGAUGCUGCUGCAAUGGCAAAUGCUGCAAUGCCGGCGACUGCUGCACGGGCGGAAAGUGCACGUGCAAAGACUGCAAGUGCACUCCUGCCAACAACUGCGGAUGCUGCUGCAACGGCAAAUGCUGCGACGCCGGCGACUGCUGCAAGGACGGAAAGUGCACGUGCAAAGACUGCAAGUGCACUCCUGACAAAAACUGCGGAUGCUGCUGUAAUGGCAAAUGCUGCAACUCCGGCGACUGCUGCAAGGGCGGAAAGUGCACGUGCAAAGACUGCAAGUGCACUCCUGACAACAACUGCGGAUGUUGCGACUCCAGCGACUGCUGCAAGGGCGGAAAGUGCGCUUGCAAAGACUGCAAGUGCACUCCUGCCAAAAACUGCGGAUGCUGCUGCAAUGGCAAAUGCUGCAAUUCCGGCGACUGCUGCAGCGGUGGAAAGUGCACGUGCAAAGACUGCAAGUGCUCUCCUGACAACAACUGCGGUUGCUGCUGCAACGGCAAAUGCUGCGACUCCGGCGACUGCUGCAAGGGCGGAAAGUGCACGUGCAAAGACUGCAAGUGCACUCCCGACAACAACUGCGGAUGCUGCUGCAACGGCAAAUGCUGCGACGCCGGCGACUGCUGCAAGGGCGGAAAGUGCACGUGCAAAGACUGCAAGUGCACUCCUGACAACAACUGCGGAUGCUGCUGCAAUGGCAAAUGCUGCAAUGCCGGCGACUGCUGCAAGGGCGGAAAGUGCACGUGCAAAGACUGCAAGUGCACUCCUGCCAACAACUGCGGAUGCUGCUGCAACGGCAAAUGCUGCGACGCCGGCGACUGCUGCAAGGGCGGAAAGUGCACGUGCAAAGACUGCAAGUGCACUCCUGACAACAACUGCGGAUGCUGCUGCAACGGCAAAUGCUGCGACUCCGGCGACUGCUGCAAGGGCGGAAAGUGCACGUGCAAGGACUGCAAGUGCACUCCUGACAACAACUGCGGAUGCUGCUGCAACGGCAAAUGCUGCGACUCCGGCGACUGCUGCAAGGGCGGAAAGUGCACGUGCAAGGACUGCAAGUGCACUCCUGACAAAAACUGCGGAUGCUGCUGCAACGGCAAAUGCUGCGACGCCGGCGACUGCUGCACGGGCGGAAAGUGCACGUGCAAGGACUGCAAGUGCACUCCUGCCAACAACUGCGGAUGCUGCUGCAAUGGCAAAUGCUGCAAUGCCGGCGACUGCUGCAAGGGCGGAAAGUGCAUGUGCAAAGACUGCAAGUGCACUCCUGCCAACAACUGCGGAUGCUGCUGCAACGGCAAAUGCUGCGACGCCGGCGACUGCUGCAAGGGCGGAAAGUGCACGUGCAAAGACUGCAAGUGCACUCCUGACAACAACUGCGGAUGCUGCUGCAACGGCAAAUGCUGCGACUCCGGCGACUGCUGCAAGGGCGGAAAGUGCACGUGCAAAGACUGCAAGUGCACUCCUGACAACAACUGCGGAUGCUGCUGCAACGGCAAAUGCUGCGACACCGGCGACUGCUGCAAGGGCGGAAAGUGCACGUGCAAGGACUGCAAGUGCACUCCUGACAACAACUGCGGAUGCUGCGACUCCGGCGACUGCUGCAAGGGCGGAAAGUGCACAUGCAAAGACUGCAAGUGCACUCCUGCCAACAACUGCGGAUGCUGCUGCAAUGGCAAAUGCUGCAAUGCCGGCGACUGCUGCAAGGGCGGAAAGUGCACGUGCAAGGACUGUAAGUGCACGUGUGUCGACCGCGAGAGCCCUUCGGGUGACAGUGGCAGUGCCGAUGACGGCGGCUACGGCUGCAGCUGCGUGUGAGCGCACUGAGCGGAAUCCGCGCGGCGAACCACUGCGGACGCCGGCGGACGCGGACGGCUGUGAGCGGAACCGGAGGCGCUGGCCAGCUCCGGUCGCCAGUGGCGGAGGCGCGUGAGAAGCGCACCUCCGUGCUGCUGUGUUCAGGAUUAACCCCGGAGUUUGGAUUGCUCACAGUACCUCGCAGUUGAACUGCCCUAGGAGAUAGAUCGCACCCGAUUAGAGUCUGGUCACAAUCGGAGCGGCGUUAUAUUUUUAUAGCUCGGCCGCCCCCCAAUCACAAUGCAGCUGAAAUGUGAGGGCCGUUUUGUGUAUAUUGCCAACAGUACUGUAUGCCAGCGUGUACGCUUGCCAAAUAUUACUCGCAUGUUGUGGGGGCUUUGGAAGCCCUAUUGUGUCGGAGCAUAUCAGUCGUUUGCGGGUUUAAACGUCUCAACCUGGUGCGCCCGUUAGUAUAGACGGGUGAGCGGCUGUUUCGUGUCGGAAGCCAUGACAGAGACUGUCCUUGUUGGGCUUGAGAGCCCUCAAUUAUUAUAUACUUGUCAUAUAUGUACGGUUUGUCAAUAAAUGUUGGAAAAAUA